AACACUUGAGUUCAACAUGGCGUCAUGCAGCAGGGCACAAGUGAUCUCUCUCUACAGGAUGCUUAUGAAAGAGAGUACAAAAUUCCCUUCAUAUAAUUAUAGGACAUACGCACUUCGCAGAGUGAAGGAAGGCUUCAGAGAGAACCUUAAUGUCGCCAACCCCAAAACACUUGAUAUGCUUAUAAAUCAGGCUAGAGAGAAUCUGGCAGUCAUCAAGAGACAGGUGUCAAUUGGUCAGCUGUAUUCUGCUCAGAAGACUAUUGUUGAGAAAGACCCUCGUUUUUAAUCGUCUUAAGCAUCAGAAAUAUAUAAUACUGUGUACUGUGAAUUUAAGGUCUAGUAUAACUCUGUUGGUUAUGUAUACUGGUCUUUAAUGUAAUGUAUGAUGUAAAUGUAUGCUGGUGUAGCUUUUUAUCAAAUAAAUUAAAUAUAUUGCA